ACAAAACCAUUUUAGGCACCAUGAAUCUUUGUCAAAAGGUACGACAAACCACAAGGGUGUGUGCCUUUGAUCUACUUCUGCUCUGCAUAAGUUUGAAGUGUGUAGAAGACAUAACUGCGCUUCCUGUUGUCGAUGACAAAUUACAAAUGGAAAAUAUCCCUUCGAAUGCAACCACAGGUGUAAACAUUUCUAUGAGUAUGGAAACAACCACCGAAGAACUUGAUGAAAACACAACACCUUUGCUUAAUUAUCAAUCUCCGUCAAACACCUCACCGAAAAUUACUUCAUCAGAGGAUACUUCAGAAAGGUCAUUCGCAGAAAAUCCUACAACUCCAUCAAAACCAACAACAACAGUUUUAACUCCAGAAUCCUCCACCGACAGCGAGUAUGAUGAAUCCCAGUCGACAAAAAUAUCCGAAACUUCUGAAAAAAGUUUUUCUUCUCUAAAUACUCAUCAGAUAUCUGAUAACACACCAUCAAGUUCAACAACUGAAAGUUUCAUAACAGAGGAAAACAUGGAUAAUCAUGAAUCUACUGUCACGUCAUAUCCCUCUGCAACAACAAGUACCACAAAAGUACAAUCAAGCAGUGAGCUACCAACUUUAAGUGGCACUUCUAAUUUUGGAUAUACAAAUUUGAUAACCGAAAAUGAAACAAUCAGUCCCAGUUACUUGUCAACAUCAACGACCAGCUACCCUGUCACAACCACGGAUCUUCAAUUGAUGGUCACUGCUAACAUUUCAUGGUGUCCACUCGUCAUUGCUACUCCCGAAUUUAUAUCAGAAUUUUUCGGACAAUCAGUUUCAUAUACAGGCACUGUGGAGUCCUAUUCGGAACCAGCUAUCUUUGCAAUAUGGCUGAAAAUAGGGCAUGAUAAAACUGAAGUCAUUAACAUCAACAAAGAUAAAUACGCUGGAAGUAAACAUUUGCCCCAUCCGCUACUCAGGAUUAAUAACAUUACUUUUGAGGAUGAAGUGAGGUAUCAACUUCAAGUUCGAAUAUCUGGUGGAUGGUGUCAUGGCAAUACGAUUAGAUUAGAAGUAAAAGGAAUAUUACGGUUUAAUGAUUCAUGCAACAUGACAAAAGAAUGCGAUCAGAGAUACCAUUUAGAAUGUUCUACAAAAUACAGAUCAUGUAUGUGUGCCAGCUACACUUAUCACAGGAACGAAAUAUGUUUUAAUAGAGGUAACUUGAGGGCUGUCUACAGAGGAUCCGAGAUAACUACAUCACGUAUCACCGUUUGGUGGGAUGAUCCGUCUUCGGAUUCCAAUCUCAUCCAGUAUUACACUGUCUCACUUAGAGAUUACUGGGGAUCUUAUAAUAGGCAUAUAUCUGUUGGAAGAAAAAAUAACCACACGUUCGAAUCAUAUUUUACUCCUGGAUAUUUGUUUUACUUUUACAUUACCUCUACUGUUCUACUUAACGACCCAACAGAAAUAAUUAAUGUUACCACAUCUUGGAUACCACUUGUCGUAGAUCCUCUGCCUCCUGGUCCAUUAGACGUAAAUGCUAGUGACUUUCAUCCAGAAAGACUUUAUCUCAAAUGGGCUGUUCCAAAGAAUAAUACUUACGUAGACAGAUACAGAGUAGAUAUCAACGGAGCUGGCUAUCAUGGCUAUAAUUAUCCGUAUUCGAACAUUUACACAUGGCCAGAAAGAUUAGAGCCUGGUGAAAACUAUUCUGUUACAAUUAGAGCAAGAAGCUGGUAUAACAAUUACUUUGAAAAAGAGAGCACAGGAUAUAUCGAGCAAAUAGAAACACUGCGCACUCCAAAGGUUAUACGCAGCCAAUCAUCCUUCAACAUACCAUUUCUAUCAACAGUCGAAAUCGGAGCUUCCGUUAGUAUAAAUCGCACGGAUUUACCAGCAACUAAUGAAACGAAGUGGCAACGGAUUCGUAAUGGAUACACGAUGGAUAUAAAUAUCACUGACACGAGGUACAACGGCAGUAGUCUUGACCUUUUCAAGCCAAAACUUGUCAUUAACAUGGUGGAUUUUUAUAAUGAGCAUGACUCCAGGUAUAGAUGUCUGGCACACAAUUCAGAAGGAUGGGGAACAAGCGAACUGAUAUAUGUUUAUCUUUAUGGAAGUCUUAAGUUCCAGGAGAACUGCAGCGAGAGUAGGGAGUGUGAACCAAACAAGCAUCUCAGAUGUCGUUAUCUUCAUCAAACAUUAUCAUGUUUAUGCUCGGGUUCCUACUAUCACAAAGACUCAGUUUGCCAUCGCAGACGUUAUGUAGAGCCCUAUAUUCUUGGAGUUGAAGGAAGUAAAUGCCAAGCCACUGUUAAAUGGAGACACCAAUCAGUUGACGUCACUCUCAUAUCCGGUUUCCAGGUUACAUUGUAUUCCUUACAAGGCACCCGUUCUUCAUACUGGCAACAUGAAUACACCAUAUACGUUGGAAAUGUUACAGAGUACUCAACAUUAUGUACACUUCAACCCGGUCGUUUAUACUACUUCAGCAUUGCAUCCAAAGUAUUACUAAACAGCCCUACUGAAACUGUUUAUGCAUACAGGAGCUCAUCAAGAUGGGAUUCGUCUGGAGAAAACACCCUUGUCAAUCACUAUAAUGUCACAAUUAAUGGGCAUCAGCAACAAACCUUAGGAAAUCUUCCCGAGAUAUACUGGGAUAAAAAACUAAAUCCAGGAUCUACGUAUAAUGUAACAAUCUUUGCCGUUAGUUAUGGAGCAAUAUCAAGCGGUCCUUGGAAUGGAAGAAGGAAAAGCGAACCUUUUAUGGAUUGGAUAGAAAUAGAUCAAACAUAUGGACACUCGUACAUGUCUUAUGGGGAAAGAGAUGUUGUGUUGAAAGGAGAUGAUGAAUCCAGCCCACACCUUAAGUCUCCGACAAAAAUAUUUGCUGGAGAUGGAUCCCAUGGUGGAUUCAAUUACGUCGUCGUCGGUACUAAUGGUGUAAUAGGACUUGGUGAAGAUUUCAACAGUGUAGCAAUAAAAGAUAUCAACAGUGCAGAGAUGAAAGAUAGACAUAUAAUUUGUCCAUUUUGGACGGAUCUUCUUACUCACGAAACAAAAGGCAGUGUUUACUAUAAUACAUACGAAAGGGGUAAAGAUGCUGAAAAUGAUUUAUUCAUUGGAAAAGCCAGUGAAUUAAUUCGACUCCAAUUCAACGAUUUUCCAGAGUUUGAGGCUAUCUGGCUUUUAAAGGUUACAUGGGUAAACAUGACUUUGUUUGGAGACAAUUCCCAGAGCGUGACAUUCCAGUGUAUUUUGAUAACAAAUGGCGAAGACACUUUUACAGUUAUAUAUUAUAUAGAUGUAAAUCUAAACCCAAUAAAGGAGAAGAAAAUUACUUUGGGUUAUCAGUAUAAAUCGUUUUUUGUCAAAAACCCCUUUUCAAACAAAGAUGCUGCAUUCCAAAUGAGUGAAAAUCCAGGGAACAGGGGAAUUCAGGGACUGUGGAUCUACAAAAUGACUACGGGGAUUCCAAAGAACAAAGACGAAAAAGAUUGCUACGACUGGUAUACAAAUAAUAGAGAGAGAAAUACGAACGUUAUGUUAUCCCCGAUGUUAAAUAGAAUUGAAUGUGCUUGUGAUAGCCGACUGCUUAGAUUUGAUCCAAGAUAUGCCAUUAACAGAUUCGACAGAAAAAAUAGAGUUCUAUGCUACGCAUCUAUGACACUUGGAAGGAAUGCAGAAUGCUGUUACAGAAUGCAUGGUUCAAUCAAUAGUUUAAGUACAUUAGAGAGGUUUAGACCUGUUGCUGGAACUCUCUUGAAGUACAACCCAUUCUUUGAACGACAACUGUACAGUAAAAGUGACCUUAAACCUAAGGAGGCGUGUUGUAGCUCUGGACAUUGUGAUUGGUACUAUGAAGUGCGUCCAAUCCCAUUUUGUUAUUGGAGGUCGCCCUUUCAACCUGGUGUAAAUUUUGGUGACCCACACAUUCUGACUCUCGAUGGAAAAAAUUACACAUUUAAUGGAUACGGAGAAUAUACCAUGAUGAAAAUAAACAAGGAUUCCGUACGAUUUAAGUUUCAAGCUAGGACAGACCUGGCAACGACAGCUAAUGGAACAACCACCAAUGCUACAAUAUUUAGCGCGUUUGUAGCUGAAGACCAAACUGGAUCAAAAGUGCAGAUAGACAUGACUCGAGAUAAGCAAAAAAUGAUAAUUAGAGUUAAUGGAAGAGAUUUAACAAGAGACUUUGAAAAUGUCAACUACACCUUCCUCACUAGAAAUUUAUCUGUUCGAUGGGAAAACCAAACAAUAUCUGCCUCAUUUCUGGAUUCAUCAAUUAUUCUAAAAGUCAGUUUAGGCGUACGAUUUUUGAUUUCGGAAACGGUCGUUGACAAUACGUACAUGGGAUUUACAAGAGGAUUAAUGGGGAAUUUUGAUGGAGAUCUAAACAAUGACUUUAUCCUACCAAAUGAAACUAUACUGGACGAAAAUGCAACAAAAACAGAAAGAGAUAUUUACUACAAAUUUGGUCAGCUAUGGCUGGUAGAUGAAGAAUCCAUAUUUCACUACGAUAAAGGAUUGACAAACAAAAACUUCUCUCAUCCUGAGUUCGAACCAUUGUUUUUGGACGAGAUUAGUGAAGAGGCUUUGGAAAAUGCAAAGAAAAAAUGUGGAGUAAACCCGUCACAAGCCUGCAUCUUUGACUAUCUGGCAACAGGAGAUAUUGCACUCGCCGAAUCAUCGGGAACAGAAGAAACAAUUUCGAUUUCUGAAAUUAAACUAAUUGAUAACGAAACUCCGCGGAUAUCAGGAAACACUUCAAUUCAAGUUGAAGUUGGUAAAGUUGCCGAAUUGUGGUUCAAUACUACUGACGACAGCAACCAAACGCCAAAAUACAAUAUUCUGAAAAGUCCUGAAGAUUUUUAUCUGAACACAACCACCGGAGUAGCAAGGUGGACGCCAAAGAGUACAAAUAUAUCGGAAAUAAGUUUAAGUGUUGUGGACGAAUUAGGAGCAGAAUCACCCUCACUGGAUGUUUUAAUUAUUAUAUGCGGAGGCUGCCGUAAUGAAGGUCAUUGUAACUAUCUCAAUGUAAUAUCGACAGAAAAUGACCGAUUCAAACUGGCCUUGUGUGAUUGUCAAACUGGUUAUUCUGGUGAGAAAUGUGAAAUAGAUACAAAUGGCUGCUUUGGUGGUCCUUGUCCAUUGGGAAGAGAAUGCACUGACCUUACUCCCGAAGAGGAGAAAAGACUUGGUAGGGCAUACAACUGUUCAGAGUGUCCACCAGGAUUUGAAGAAGUUGGAAACAAAUGUGAAGAUAUCAAUGAAUGUAGAAAUGGAAAUGUAAGUGUUUGUGAUUUAACAUCUGAAACCUGUGAGAAUACCGAGGGGAGCUUCUUGUGCCACUGUAUCUCUGGACUCCGAAAAGAAAAUGAAAUCUGUACAGAUAUUGACGAAUGUUUGGAAAUAACUUCAGGGUGUGAGCAAAAAUGUAAAAAUACUAUCGGUUCCUUCAUAUGUCAGUGUUUUCCAGGAUUUUCUUUGAACAGGGACAAUACUUCUUGCAAUAAAACCGACGAAAAUCCAUGUAAAGACCUUUCCAUCAGCUGUGACUAUACAUGUAACACGACUUCCGGAAGUUGUAUCUGUCCAAUCGGCUAUCAACUGCACGAAAAUAACCACAGCUGUAUAGAUGUAAAUGAAUGUGAAGCGACUCCUUUCCCAUGUGAACAGAACUGUAGUAAUAUUAACGGUUCAUUUCAAUGUUUUUGUCGUAGUGGAUACACCUUGAAUGAAGAUAAAGUUUCAUGCACCGUUUGUAAGGAACCAUAUUACGGGGAAAAUUGCAGCCAAAUAUGUACAUGUGGACCAGGUAUGGACAAGUGUAAUCCAGUGAGCGGGUGUGACUGUCUGGAAGGAUGGGCAGGAGAAACCUGCAGUGAUGACAUUGAUGAGUGUAAAUCAAACCAAUCAAUAUGUGAAUCUGACAAAAUCUGUCAAAAUCUGGAAGGGUCCUACAUCUGUAAUUGUAGGGAGGGAUUCCAAAGAGUUGGAGAAAAUUGCCAGGACAUUGAUGAAUGUUCUGAUUUGAGCUUAAACGAUUGCCCAGAAAAUACAGUUUGUAAAAAUCUGUAUGGAAAUUAUACUUGCCUCUGCAAGGAAGGAUUUCAAAAGCGAGGUUCUAUCUGUGAAGAUGUAAAUGAAUGUACUCAAAAUAUCGAUGAUUGCUCUCAAAUAUGCUCCAACACCGAAGGAGGGUACAACUGCGAGUGUGAGUUUGGAUUCACUCUUCAAAAUGAUAGAAGGAAUUGUGAAAAAGUGUCUGAUAUAUGUACCUUGUUUCCGGAAUUGAACUGCAGUUAUGGUUGCAUUCUUAAGCAGGAAUCAAGUACAAAUAAAGGAUAUUGCUUUUGUGAAUCUGGAUUCGAACUUGAUGUCGACAAUAGCACAUGCAAAGAUAUUGAUGAGUGCAAAGUUACUGGAACAUGUGAACACAAUUGCACAAAUACAGAGGGUUCUUUUGAAUGUGGAUGUGCCAUUGGAUAUACUUUACAAAAUGAUGGAAAAUCAUGUGAAGUUUGCAUCGAUGGAUUUUAUGGCGAUAAAUGCUUAAAGGAGUGUCGAUGCGGCCAGGGAUCUGAAAGAUGUGAUCACAUUAAUGGUUGUAUCUGUAAGAUGGGGUGGACUGGACAGUCAUGCAAUCAGGACAUUAAUGAGUGUAACAAUACAGUGAGUCCGUGCACAGGAAGUAAUGAAACAUGUGUCAACAGUGAUGGUUCUUACACCUGUGUAUGCAAGGAUGGAUUUCAGAAUUCUACAAACGGAUGUAAAGAAUGUGAAAAUGGAUAUUAUGGAAGGGGUUGUGAUUUGCAAUGUUUAUGUGACACAAAUAAUACGGAUUCCUGCGACUCGAUGAACGGAUUCUGCAACUGCAAGGAAGGAUGGGAGGGCACGUAUUGUUCCGACGAUAUCAAUGAAUGUAUGAACUCUUCUAUUUGUGGAACCAUUUCAUACUGUCUUAAUUUAAAUGGCUCUUAUUCUUGUCACUGUGAAGAUGGAUUUUUCCUCGAUGGCGGACUUUGUGUUGGUUGCCCCUUAAAAACAUACGGCCAGAACUGUAGCAGCAUUUGUACAUGUGACUUUAAUAAUACUCAGUCCUGUGAAAAACAAAAUGGGACAUGUAACUGCAAGACGGGAUGGCAGGGUAAAAACUGUACAGAAGACAUACCAGAGUGUACAAACAAUCCAUACAUUUGCGGAAAUAAUUCAUCAUGUAAUGAAAUACAAGGAUCAUACUCGUGUAUUUGUGAUAUUGGCUUUAAGAUGUCAUCGACACAAAAUUGUACAAAAUGCAGUGAUAUUACAUUUGGAGACCAAUGUUCCGAAACAUGCUCUUGCAAUGUGGUUGGUUCCAUCGAUUGUGAUGACAUAACCGGAUUAUGCACAUGUAAAGAUGGUUGGAAUGGAAGCAAUUGUGAAUUCACAAAUGAAUGCGAUUCAGGUGCCAACAACUGUCAUAAGAAUGCAUCUUGUCAGGACACGAAAGACAGCUACAACUGUUCUUGUAAUGUAGGAUUCUAUGGAGGUGGCAUUAAUUGCACAGAAUGCAGUGAUACUACAUUUGGAGACCAAUGUUCCGAAACAUGUUCUUGCAAUGUGGUUGGUUCCAUCGAUUGUGAUGACAUAACCGGAUAUUGCACAUGUGAAGAUGGUUGGAAUGGAAGCAACUGUGAAUUCACAAAUGAAUGCCAGUCAGGAGCCAACAACUGUCAUAAGAAUGCUUCUUGUCAGGACACGAAAGACAGCUACAACUGUUCUUGUAAUAUAGGAUUCUAUGGAGAUGGCAUUAAUUGCACAGAAUGCAGUGAUACUACAUUUGGAGACCAAUGUUCCGAAACAUGUUCUUGCAAUGCGGUUGGUUCCAUCGAUUGUGAUGACAUAACCGGAAAUUGCACAUGUAAAGAUGGUUGGAAUGGAAGCAACUGUGAACUCAUAAAUGAAUGCGAUUCAGGUGCCAACAACUGUCAUAAGAAUGCUUCUUGCCAGGACAUGAUAGACAGCUACAACUGUUCUUGUAAUAUAGGAUUUUAUGGAGAUGGUGUCAAUUGUACAGAAUGCAAUAGCACUACAUUUGGAGACCAAUGUUCAGAAACAUGCUCUUGCAAUGCGGUUGGUUCCAUCAAUUGUGAUGACAUAACCGGAAAUUGCACAUGUAAAGAUGGUUGGAAUGGAAGCAACUGUGAUUUCACAAUUGAAUGCGAGGCAGGAGCCAACAAUUGCCAUAAGAAUGCUUCUUGUCAAGACACGAAAGACAGCUACAACUGUUCUUGUAAUGUAGGAUUCUAUGGAGAUGGCAUUAAUUGCACAGAAUGCAAUAGUACUACAUUUGGAGACCAAUGUUCAGAAAAAUGUUCUUGCAAUGUGGUUGGUUCCAUCGAUUGUGAUGACUUAACCGGAAAUUGCACAUGUAAAGAUGGUUGGAAUGGAAGCAACUGUGAAUUCACAAAUGAAUGCCAGUCAGGAGCCAACAACUGUCAUAAGAAUGCAUCUUGUCAGGACACGAAAGACAGCUACAACUGUUCUUGUAAUGUAGGAUUCUAUGGAGAUGGCAUUCAUUGCACAGAAUGCAGUGACACUACAUUUGGAGACCAAUGUUCCGAAACAUGUUCUUGCAAUGUGGUUGGUUCCAUCGAUUGUGAUGACAUAACCGGAAAUUGCACAUGUAAAGAUGGUUGGAAUGGAAGCAACUGUGAAUUCACAAAUGAAUGUGAGUCAGGAGCCAACAACUGUCAUAAGAAUGCUUCUUGUCAGGACACGAAAGACAGCUUCAACUGUUCUUGUAAUGUAGGAUUCCAUGGAGAUGGCAUUAAUUGUACUGAAUGCAGUGACACUGCAUUUGGAGACCAAUGUUCCGAAACAUGUUCUUGCAAUGUGGUUGGUUCCAUCGAUUGUGAUGACAUAACCGGAAAUUGCACAUGUAAAGAUGGUUGGAAUGGAAGCAACUGUGAAUUCACAAAUGAAUGUGAGACAGGAGCCAACAACUGUCAUAAGAAUGCUUCUUGUCAGGACACGAAAGACAGCUUUAACUGUUCUUGUAAUGUAGGAUUCCAUGGAGAUGGCAUUAAUUGUACUGAAUGCAGUGUCACUACAUUUGGAGACCAAUGUUCCGAAACAUGUUCUUGCAAUGUGGUUGGUUCAAUCGAUUGCGAUGACAUAACCGGAAAUUGCACAUGUAAAGAUGGUUGGAAUGGAAGCAACUGUGAAUUCACAAAUGAAUGUGAGUCAGGAGCCAACAACUGUCAUAAGAAUGCUUCUUGUCAGGACACGAAAGACAGCUUUAACUGUUCUUGUAAUGUAGGAUUCCAUGGAGAUGGCAUUAAUUGUACUGAAUGCAGUGAUAAUACAUUUGGAGACCAGUGCUCAGAAACUUGUUCUUGCAAUAUGAUUGGAUCUGUCGAUUGUAAUGAUGUUACCGGAUAUUGCACAUGUAAAGAUGGUUGGAAUGGAACCAACUGUCAAUUCACAGAUGAGUGUAAUACAGAUGCCAACAAUUGUCACAUGAAUGCCACUUGUCAGGACACGAUAGACAGCUACAACUGUUCCUGUGAUGUAGGAUUCUAUGGAAAUGGCAUUAAUUGCACUGCCUGUGGUCCUAAAGCUUAUGGUAUGCAAUGUUCCAAACAAUGCCCAUGCAUCGCAGAAAACACUAACGAUUGCAAUGACAUCACAGGAGCGUGUGUCUGUAAGGAUAGCUGGAACGGGACAAAUUGUGAUGUCCAUGUAGACGACUGUUUGAACGGAACUGCUGUUUGUGAUCUCACUACUCAGCAUUGUGUACUAAAAAUCGGAACGGACAGUUACUUCUGUUCUUGUCGUUAUGGACUUAAUGCGACUAGUGGAAUAUGUUUGUCUCCAACGCCUCCAUACAUAACGAAUUCAAGAGAGGAAGUUAAAUUUAAAGCAGAGACAACACUCAUGGUUGAUGUCACCCAACAAGAAUUUGAAGAGAAAACAACAAAUAUAACAGAUAAUGUGUUUCAGAUGCUUGAGGACCAUUUUAAAAGAACAAUGCGUGGUUUCAAGUCUCUUAUUAUUUUAUCUUUAAGCCUUGGAAGCCUUAAUGUUGAAUAUGAAAUUGUUGUUUACAAGAACACGUCUUCAGAAGAACAAACAAGUGAAUAUGUCAAGGCUUCAAAGGAAUUGUUGAGUAAAUCAGUAAUAAUCGAAUCCUUAGGAAAGAACGCUUCGGUAUCCUCCGUAAAAAUGUCCAAUGAAAACGGAAAAGAUUUUGUACUGAACACUUCAAGCAGUCAGUGCGCUGUCUUACAGCAUCUUUACCCUUGUUCUGAUGGACAGGACUGUGUGGAAACCUCAGGAGUUGCCAUGUGUUUAGGGAGAAAAAAAGAAAACGAAAAUUUAAGCCUAAUCUUAGGAUUAGGGAUUGGGAUACCGUUCCUUCUGGCAGCUCUAGCAAUAAUGGCCAUUGUUUAUGUAUACUGUCAACGACGAUCACAAAGGAGAAAUGAAUCAAAGCAGUGUGAUUUGAAUAGAUCAUCGAUUCCUAUACGUUAUGGAAGCUGGGGUCCAAAAAGCAUGUUCUCUCCAUGGAUACACGAAACUGAAGAAAGAAAAGUUCCACAUUUGUCAGAACAUUCAAGGGAUAACAUGUCCAUACCACCUGAAGUGUCGAAGUUUACGAUAAGACGACCUAUUGCAGAUAUGAAUCCUAACCCUGUAUUCAGAGAUUGAUUCGCAGCUUAAAGAUCUGGAUAAAGAGAAACGAAGCCAUGUGUCAGCAAUAUGACGAUAUUUUUAAUUAAAAUAAUUCCUAAUAAUAAAUGAUGUAUUUAUCAUUUUAAAACUUUUUUUUUCGAUUUUUGUGCAAGCUUACCUGUAAAACACUAUUCAUAUAAGACGCAAAAUGUACUAUGCAUAUAUCACGACAUCAUUUUCCAGAAAUGGAUAUAGGUUUAAGGUUUCAUCAGUAAAUGUUAAUUUCCUACGCUCAUUUUUCUAUGUUUUUACAUUCACGUUUUGGUAUUCAGUAUUUAAUAACACUUUAUGUACAUGUACUUCUUUUUAUGAUUUCCACAUUUAUAUAUAACACCAACAAGAAUGACGUCAUAGUAUUAAUAAACCUCCUUGUUAAUCAUAGGACGAGAUAAGCCAUCUAAACAUAUUGUGAAGAUGCAAAAAAAUAUUUUCCAGUUCAAAAAAUGAAUUUGAACUUUACUCUAAAUGUAUAACGUACUUGUAGAAAAAUAUUUUUAAUUCUUUAAUGAAUUAGUUUUUUUUUGAUACGAAAAAGACAUCGAUGAUCUUAAAGAGGCUGGGGGUGGCAGCCAUUUUCAGAAUAUUUCGAUCUCCUUUAAAAGAAGAGCUUCAUAUAAAGAUAUACAUAAAUGAUCAAAUUUUAAAACUAAAAUGUAUGAAUUUUUUCUUUGCCAAAUGAUAGUUGACAGCUUAAGAUACCGUAUCUUAAAAAAUAAGUUAAAUCUGGUGGUUAAUUUGUGGUUAAUUUGUUGACCCCCAGCCUCCUUAAAGCAACGACUUUAAGGACCCUCUUUACACCACAGCAAACUGUUUUUGCCCAUUAAAAAAUUCCCUCAGAAAGAAAAAUGUUCAAAUACAAUACAGUAUCAUUAAAAAAUCACUACAAUACUGUCUUCUUCAGUGGAAAAAUAUUUGUAAACAAAAUGUUCAAUAAAUUUUUUUUUUGCCUUUUUAAAACGCUUUAACAAAUUUAGAUGCAUCUCAAAAUGCAGAAAAAACUAUAGAAUCUGAACUCUUUAGUAUGCUGUGUAGAGAGGGUUUUAUAUCUUGGUUUCAGCAGAUUUAUAAAUAAAACGAUGGAAUUUAAUAUUCAAUUUUGCCUUUUUAAAACGCUUUAACAAAUUUAGAUGCAUCUCAAAAUGCAGAAAAAACUAUAGAAUCUGAACUCUUUAGUAUGCUGUGUAGAGAGGGUUUUAUAUCUUGGUUUCAGCAGAUUUAUAAAUAAAACGAUGGAAUUUAAUAUUCAACUUUAAUUUAUAUAUAGGAGUAUAUUGUAUAUAGACUUUUAUUGUCUUUUGUAAUAUAACUGUAAUUGAAUUAAUUUUAAUAUUAAAGGUAUUAUUUUA